AUAAGGCUUCCACAUAUCAAUACGGAAAAAUUGUAUAUUUUCUCGGAAACUUCGCCCUACAUGACCAUAUAUUGAUCAAGAAAAUUGGCGAAGAUUAUCCGAGACACUAGAUAAAUGUCGAAUUAAUUCUGUACGCCGGUGUGUCGUUGCACCGUCAGUCGUGAGUUACGCGAGCGGAGCGACAUACAAACAUUCCCUGAGGUGGAACAGCCGCGACCGCUUUGUUUUGGCUUUCAACCGAGAUCUCGGACAUGUGAGCACGAAACACAAUGGCUCUCUCAUCGAAUUGCUGGAAAUAUCUUGUGCUGACCUUCAAUGUUUUGUUCGCUAUGUCAGCAGUGGUACUUUUCGGCGCUAGUGGAUUUUUUCUGUACCGGCUUUUUAUCUACCGUCACUUCAUUGGAGUAACCGUAGAGUACCCAGCAAUCUUAUUGCUGAUGAUGGCCAUCAUUACCUGUUCCAUUGCCUGGAUCGGAUGGAGAACGGCGAAAUCCAUGCAUCAAAUUCAUGUUAUAAUGGCGGGUAUCCUCAUCAUUCUGGUUGUGAUAAUAGAAUUCUCCUGUUUCGUGUGGGCGAUGGUGGUGUGGGACAACAUCGAGAUAGACAUCAAGACGACAAUGACCUCAUACUUUAUGUUGUCUAGUGAAAACAAAGAAACAAAUGCGGAUUCCGUUCGAUGGGACAGAUUGCAUGUUAAGUUUGAAUGCUGUGGAGUGAGUGGUCCUAACGAUUACAGCUCGACUGGUCACGUGCCAUUUUCGUGCUGCGGCCAAGGACCAUUGGACUCUAUGCAGAAACCAUAUACCUCAGACUGCUCAACACUGUACCAAAGAGGUUGCGGGAACUUAUUGCACGACUAUGCUAAGAACCAGCUGUUGAUGGUUGCUAUGGCGGCGCUCACAGCUUCAAUGUUGCAGAGCACGGGUAUAUUCUGCACAUUCUUCUUGGCGCAUGCGAUCAAGGAGAAACGAAGAGCUUCCAUUAGGCAUUCGACGUCAGUACGAGAAUCGACAUUCGCAGCGCCCGACGACUCCUUGCUGACACCGACAGCCCCCGCUCCAACCUUGCCAAAGUAUUAGAAUUAUAAUAUAAAUAAGUUAUUAAUAAUAUUUUAGAUUUUUCGAAUUGUAUUAGUGUUGGUAGCUUUCAACAAUCGUUAUACUCGAGCCUUCGAAACAAUAAUAAACUUACCAAUGUACUUAUGAAGAGGAAAGGUCAUUUUUCAAAUUCAAUCUUUUGUUACAGAAAAUAAAUUGUAAAUAGAUUAAGAAUUAAAACGUCAUUCAAAUUUGUAUAAAAAAUAAUGACAUAAUAUAUUCUUCUGUAAGCUGUAUUAAACUGAAUGAGGGGUUGAGACUAGUAGACCUUAGGUACUUAUAAAAAAUUUAGAGAAAUGGCAGAUUAACAUUAGUCCCCAAUAAUAUUACUAGAAGGCUAUCCUAGAUUGAGCGGUCGAACACUUCCUCUUCUGAAACGAAACCUAUAA